AAAAGGGUUGUUAACAGAGUCCGAUCCUUUCAAAUCUUGAAUUCCCACCCUUUCCUCUUCUACACCCUAAAAAAGCUGAGAACUUUCUGCUUGGUUCAUCUGGAAAAAGUAGCGAUGGCGAAGCCAAACACGUCCUACGAAGAAACCCGAAAGAAGAGGAUGGAAGAAAACAGGAAGAGAAUGGAAGCCCUCAAUCUGCCUCAGCUGGCUCAGGCGGCUUUUCCCAAACCCUCUCCGGUAACCCAAAAACCCUAAACCCUUUGUCUAUUUCUGUAAAAACAGCUCAUUCUGUCUUCUUCUCUUCAUUUCUCAGAUGAAGCGCCAGAAGCCUCGCAAAGUGGAGAAGCAGAUUGUUGUGGUCAGGAGGUCCGCUCGCGUCGCCACCCAGCCUACCCCUGUUUACAGAGAAGUUGAGGUGAAGCUACCAAGAAGCUAUGGGAGGGUUUCAAAGCAUAGGGAUUUUUCCAACCGGGUAUAUGCUGAUGAGCACUCCAGAGCUGAGGCCACUGAGAAAGCUGAGGCAUUUGAGUCGGGUUUGGGGUCCGAUUACCCAACCUUUGUUAAACCAAUGCUCCAAUCCCAUGUCACUGGUGGAUUCUGGAUGGGUCUUCCACUCUCUUUCUGCAGGAAGUACCUCCCUAAGCGUGAUGCAACUGUGACGUUGGUAGACGAACAAGGCGAGCAGUACCCUACUGUAUACUUGGAGAACAAAAAAGGACUUAGCGGUGGAUGGAGAGGAUUUGCGAUUGCUCAUGAAUUGGUGGAUGGGGAUGCAUUGGUAUUUCAGCUGACUAGGCCUACAACAUUCAAGGUGUACAUCACAAGGGUGGAAAGCUCUUAAAGAGUGCAAAAAGUUACUUGACUCAUAGGUUAGGUCAGUUGAGGUUUAGUGAAGGACUAUCCAAGUGCAAUGAGCUUCAUUUGUCCCUAGAUAAUGAUUUUUGUAUAUCAGAAACCACCAAAUGUUAUCAGGUUAUAUGUAGUUUUUGCAAUGAAGCGAUCAUAUUCGGAUGUCCAUAAUGUCCAUUUAAGAGACAUGAACAUAGAACUUCAUUUAGA